CUUCUAUGUGAGGUGAGCAGGCUCUGAUCAAAUGGGCAGAAUGAAGCUGUCUAAGUGAGCUCAGACUGGUCUCUGCAGGGCUGAACCUCUCUCCCUUGCAAUAUUGUUUGGGGUGGUGCAUUUAUUUUUGUGGGUCUGGUCUGAACAAGCUCCAGUCCCUUAUAAAGGCAGGAUGACUUGUUGGCUCUGUUCAGCUUCUGCUCUACUGGGACCAAACAGCUUGCCAAAGAGAGGAGUGGGAGGCCCAGAAACAGUGUGCUGAAGGAAGAGCUGUCGGUCCUAAUCUCAGAAUGUCUGAAACAAGGCGAAUGGGUGCAACAGGGAACUGUCUCACAGAAAUGACAGGAGAUUUAAUUUCUCAGUUUGACACGAAGAGCAACUGCAGCAGCACAGACCAGGCACCCUCCAGCAUAAAUUCUGUGGUCAUCUGCCAAGCAGUUCACAGAAGUAUCUUCAGCUCUAGCACAUCUUCAGCAGCUGAGAGGGUUAGCCUGAUCCUGAGGCAGGAGGAGAAGAAUGAAGAAGCAAGCUGUCCCAUAUUAUUUAUACAGCUCUCCGAGCUCUUCAGUACAGCUAAAGGACAGGAAUGGAGGCAAACUGCCAGGUGGAUAAAGUUUGAAGAAAAAGUAGAAGAUGGAGGAGAACGUUGGAGCAAGCCUCAUGUCACAACUCUGCCCCUUCAUAGUUUGUUUGAACUUAGGACCUGUAUAAGAAAAGGAGCUGUUCUUCUAGACUUGGAAGCUCAUAAUUUUAAACAAAUAGUUGAGAAAGUGAUUGAGAUCCAGAUAGAGAAACAGGCCUUCAAGACGGAACUCUUGAAGAAACUUACCUAUGUCUUACUCCUCAAACCUUAUCAUCAUGCAACCAAAUCUCAACUGAAGAUGCUGUUUGAAAUGGGUGUGUCCCCUUGUGCUGAUAGGGCUAACAGACAUUCAGAUGCAAAGUGUGAGGUCUCAGAGGUACCGUUAAUGGAACAGCUAAAAAAUCGGUUUAAAAAGAAAAUUCCAGCUGGAACCGAAGUGGCCAACAUUCUUGUAGGAGAAGCCUCUUUCCUAGAAAAGCCCUUCAUUGCUUUUGUACGCCUGCAAAAUGCAAUGCUUCUUGGAAGCUUGACUGAAGUUGCUUUUCCUAGCAGAUUCCUCUUUAUUCUGUUGGGUCCCAGAGCCAGAUUGAAGGCUUACCAUGAAAUUGGCAGAGCAAUGGCAACUCUCUUUACAGAUGAACUUUUUCAGAGAAUUGCUUGGAAAGCAAAAGAUACUGAAGACCUCGUUGCAGGAAUUGAUGAGUUUCUGGAUGAGCUGACUGUCUUACCACCAGGCAAAUGGGAUCCAACCAUUCGAAUUUGUCCCCCAAAAAGUUUGCCCUCACCACAGAAAAGGAUCUCCUUGCGCAUCCGUGACUGGAGUCCUCAUGCUAAUGGAAACAAAUCUGCUGUGGAUGACCGACAGGCUCAUGGGCACCAGUACAUAAGUGAAGAGCUAGAGAAGACUGGAAGGCUAUUUGGAGGCUUAUUAAAGGAUAUCCAGCGAAAAGCCCCUUGGUAUGGCAGUGACUUCUCUGAUGGCCUCAGCCUCCAGUGUCUCUCAGCCAUCCUCUAUAUCUACCUGGCUACAGUCACCAACGCAAUCACCUUUGGAGGAAUGCUUGGAGAUGCUACAAAUAACAUGCAGGGUGUUCUGGAAAGCUUCCUGGGUACUGCCUUCGCUGGUGCAUUUUUCUGCCUAUUUGCUGGGCAGCCACUCACCAUCCUGAGUAGCACUGGGCCUGUCCUUGUCUUUGAGCGUCUUCUGUUCUCCUUCAGCAAAGACCACAGCUUGGAUUAUUUAGAAUUCCGCCUCUGGAUUGGCUUGUGGGUGGCCUUCUUUGGCCUUAUCCUGGUGGCUACUGAAGCUAGUUACUUGGUGCAGUAUUUCACACGCUUCACUGAGGAAGGUUUCUGUGCCCUCAUCAGUUUCAUUUUCAUCUAUGAUGCUGUGAAGAAGAUGCUGUCUCUGGUGGAACAGUACCCUGUCAAUUGGGAGUAUAAAAUCAAUGACAUCACCUUAUAUAGCUGUACCUGCCGUCUGACUGAGACAGGCAACUCCUCUGACCUGAACCAGACUCUGUUCCCUAAUCUCAGCAGUUUUGAACAGCUAUCAGAUGUGGAAUCGGGGAACUGGUCCCUCCUGACCAAGGAUCAGUGUAUGCAACUAGGGGGCCAUCUAGUGGGCAACAGUUGCAACUACGUGCCUGACAUCACUUUCAUGUCCUUCAUUCUGUUUCUGGGAACAUUGUUCUGUGCUAUGGUCCUGAAAAAAUUUAAAUCAAGUCGCUAUUUUCCCACUGGUGUAAGGAAGCUAGUGGGAGAUUUUUCCAUUAUUCUGGCAAUCCUCAUCUUCUGUGGAAUUGAUGCUGCUCUUGGGUUAGAGACACCAAAGCUUCUUGUGCCAAACACAUUCCAGCCUACAAAUCCCAAGCGACACUGGCUCGUGUUUCCAUUUGGAGCAAAUCCGUGGUGGAUAUAUUUAGUGUCUUCAGUACCUGCCAUUCUAGUUAUCAUCCUCAUCUUCAUGGAUCAACAGAUAACAGCUGUCAUUCUCAAUCGCAAGGAAUAUAAACUGCAGAAAGGGGCAGGAUUUCAUCUAGACUUCCUCUGUGUUUCCCUAUUGAUGAUUGUUACAUCGUUUAUGGGCUUGCCCUGGUAUGUGUCCGCCACAGUCAUAUCUCUGGCACAUAUGGACAGCCUUAAGAAAGAAAGCACUACCAGUGCUCCAGGAGAACAGCCAAAGUUCCUUGGAAUCAGGGAGCAAAGAGUUACAGGAUUGAUGGUCUUUAUUCUCACAGGAUUGUCUGUGUUUCUUGCUCCGGUGCUCAAGUUUAUCCCAAUGCCUGUGCUCUACGGCAUUUUCUUUUAUAUGGGUAUAUCUGCACUUAGCAGUAUUCAGUUCAUGGAGAGACUUCAACUCUUGUUGAUGCCUGCUAAACAUCAGCCAGAUUUCAUUUAUCUACGCCAUGUUCCGCUAUGCCAAGUGCAUCUAUACACCUUCAUUCAGAUCUUCUGCCUUGCUGUUCUGUGGCUCAUUAAGUCAACUGCAGCUGCCAUUAUCUUCCCUUUAAUGCUGCUGGCUCUAGUGGGUAUUCGGAAGGCAAUGGAAUACAUCUUCUCUCUACAACAUCUGAAUUGGUUGGAUGAUCUUAUGCCAGAAAAAGACAAAAAAGAGGAAGAAGAAAAGCUGAAGAGGAUACAAGAUCAGGAUGAGAGUGACAGUGAAGAUUCUGAACUUAUGUACCAAGAAAAAGGACCAGAAAUCAAUAUCUCUGUGAACUAGAUGAAGAGAUAUCCAUCAGCUGACAAGCCAAAGAUGAACAUGGACUGUAUGUAAGAAUAUUUUUAAGGAAGACAUAACUUAUUGGGAAGUUUAGACUAAAUAGAGAAUAAGAUGUUUACUAUGAAUAUGAAAGUCAAUCAAUUGUGGGACUAUUCAGGUGGAAGGAACUUGAUCCUUAAGAGUUCCCACGUCUUGCUAUUGCACAAAGUAGGAGUUAGGAAGUUAGGAAAAAAUACACGCGAAGAGAAAAAACUGACUGCCUCAAAAAGUCUGGUUUUAUUAGGGUAGCAAAGCAAACAUCCUGCAUUUUACUCUUUCUCACAUAGGUUUUCCAGAUUCAUUUUUACCUAAAAAGAUGCUGUUGCCAUUGGCAAUAUUGUAUAACUGUGAUUGAAGGCACAACAUCCAAGCUCUCUGACUGUAGCACCUAGCAACUUAGCCAGAGUGACAGCCCCAAGGCAGAUACAGCCCAUGUAUCUCUGAUAAGGCAGACCUCCAUUUCUGGCCUGAGGAACAAGGAACUUCACUGUUUUAUUUUUCCCCUGUGCAUGUACAAGCAAUUGUAGUUAAAUAAUUCAUGUUGAUGCCAUCAGUUUUUGAAGCUUGGAUAUGUUUGUAUAUCAUAAAGAUUGCUCAAUAGACUGAAAACAUGUCUUUCACUCUCUGGUAUUAAUGGCUAUUAUAGGAGCAGAACGAUAAAUUAAGCAAACACAACAAAAGACAAGUGACGAGACAUGUUGAAAAAAUUCAGAUAUUAUACAAAAUUGGUUCUUCUUACAGAUGCCUUCAUCUUGUGGGUAUUACCUAAUCUGUUUUAUAAGCUGCUUGGAAGACCUUUGAUCUGGAAGUCAUCUCAUAACUACUGAAGAGGAUAAUAAUGAUAGCAUGCAUGUGCAUUUCCUUACUUACACAGUACAUUUAGUAUUAAAUGAUUUUCAGGAAGUAAUUUCCAAUCACAUAUUAGUUCCCUGAUAUUUUUCACAGCAUGUAUCAUAAAUUCACAGUUAGUUGAUUCACAGCAUGUAUCAUAAAUUCAGAAUGUGGGGUCCUUGAUAUGCAGUUUGGAAGUUAUACUGUAUAUGGAAUAUAACAACAAAUACUGAAUGCGCAAUGAAACAAUCAAAUCACUUUUCUUCUUGACACACAAAAUUUCAAGCUGUUGCCUUUAGGUUCUGCUUCUGGAUGGUUGGAGGAGGAGGAGGAAGCAUUUUCAGAUAUUUUCAUUUACACAAUAUAUGAUGGGUCUCAUAAAGAUAUAAAGCAGAGUUAAAUGUUUUGAGAAAUUUAAGUACAAACUGAAAACUGCUUAGGCAUUCUGUGACAUUGCUUGUACAUUCAGCUAAGUAUGGGUUAGUUAGGUAUUGGUCAUAUAUUUAUUGCUGGUUUAUUAUAUAACCUGAAUUAAUCUGCUGAUGAACAGAAUUCAUACAAUACAUUAACUCAGCAUCAAUGUAUGAAUCCAGUCUGUGUCCCUCAGAUAUAUUUUGCUGUGGUGUGUCUUUAUUUUUUCAUGAAACAGUGGUCAUUUCUGGGUUGCCUGCAUUAUUUAAAACUCCCUAAAGUUAUGCUAAAUAAAAUUUGUCAAAAGAAAUAUUGUAGCAAAAUUUCCUUCUUUGUUUCCUAGUAUAUAUUAAAUUCUAGUUCUUCCUAGUUUUCCUCAUUAUUUUUUUUUCCUGUUGGAGAAAUUCAUGGUGAUUAUCAGAAAUGCUUGUUGUGACUCUUCAGAAAUUUGUCCAGUUAAAGUGUUAACUUUGAUUUUUCAGAAAACCUUUCAUCUGUGGAUGAUAAAUGCAAGCAACAUGUUUUUUGCACUGAGUAAGAAAGGCCUGUGUGAAGCCAUGGUUGAAUUCUAUUUUGCAGUAUAUUAAGAAUGAUUUUGCAAAAACAAAAGUAAAUUGUGAAACCUCUUGAAAGUUCUUACAAAGACCAUGUUGAUGAUACUUACUUUAAUGAAUAAUUUGUCGUCAUCACCUAUUCAAUCAUGUCCGACCCUCGACCACUCUAUGGAUCAGCACUCUCCAUGCCCCUCUGCCCCGCACUGCCUCCAUGGUCAUCCUGGUGUCAUUCUUCAUAGUGUCCAGCUAGCAGGUGCUACUUGUUGCUGGCAAUCCUUAUGAUUUAUAUUGCUAUAUUGAUCAUCAAUUGUGUUGUAAAUGUUGUACCUUGAUGAACGUAUCUUUUCUUUUAUGUACAC